CCCUGACCCCAGAGCUGGAGCUGGCAGGUUCCCUGGGAAGCCAGAGAUGAUUCCAGGGGCGUUGGCCUUCAGAAAACAAAGGGAAUCUUAUCUUACAGCACAGUGGAUGCAAGCAGGACUUCACUGUGAAUGCUGCCAGCUCUGUUGUCUUUCUGCUCCCUGCCAAGUGACUUUAACUCCUGAGCCCUCCUUCCAUUUGUUCUUCCUUCAUCCCAACUGCAGGGAGGAUAAUUUGGAGUAGAGUUUGAAUGUGGCAGAAGGAAUGUCUGUUACAGGAAUGGGUUUCUGUGCUGAUAUCAGUGCUUGUGCACCAGGAAAGCUUCAAGGGAUAAUUGGUUCAUUCUAAUGACUCUAAAAAUCCCAUCAAGCCACCAUUCAGUGUGGGGGGUUUUUUCCUAAAAUCUUGAGCCCAUGUGUGAUCUGGAGGGACUUUAAAAUUUAGUUACUUGGAGGUCUGACACUGUCUCUGAGUCUGAUUGGUGAGCAUGUGAAUGCCUUGGGCAAUAAUUGUAAUAAUAUCAUUGAUAUUCCUGUAGGGUUUUGACUGGAAUUCUGUAGCUAGUGUUGAACAACCUGAAUGGAAUAUAGAUUCCAGAUUUAAGUACAGAUGAGUUCAUAUGUUGUCUGAAUGUUAGGGGUAAUUUCGGUUUCUUUUUUGUGAGAUGAAGGUGGCAGUACCCAGAUUAAAUGUCUGUUUAAAAAACAUCCCUGAAAUAGGGCAUCCUUUCUGCAAGAGGAUCCUUGACAUGCUUGGCAUGGGCUCAGUUAUCCCAAAUGUUGCCAGCAAAUGUUGCUCUUGUCUGCUUGCCAAAGUAAAAAAGCCACUAAAUCUCAUUAUAAGCUAUGCUUAACUAGUUUUUUUCCUUCUUUUUCUUUUUUUUUUUUAAUAAAUCAUGCAGCAGAAUUGUUCUCUUCAUUUUCAUGGCACAGAAAUAUUUGGGAAUGAUCUGCUAACAGAUAUUGGGGAUAUCAGUUGAUAUUUGGGAAGCAGGCCUGUUUCAACUGUGUGCACCCACUGCUUGACUUGAAUUUACUCCUCUCUGACACUUCUGUGACAGAUCACAGGAUUUUCUUCUGAGUUCUCCUUUAGUUUCCUUUCUUCUCUUCCUUCUCUCCCUCGCAGCAAAUGUUCCAACUUCUUCUAUGGACUAUUUUCAGUCUGUUGUAGAUCUGGUUUUCACUUGGUCUUAUCCCAUCUCUCCAUCUGCCUAAAGAAAUGAGGAUUCUCUUGACCUGUUUUGGUGGUGUUUUUAAUAACCUGGUUAUGAUCAUGGUUGUUAUUAUUAUUAUCUGUGCACUUAUAUAAAAGGUUUUUUGUACAUGUCUGCAUAUUAAUUGUUGUUUUCCUUUAUUUUUGGGGUUAUGAUAAAUAACUUCUCUGUCCAUGGAGGUAAAUUGAAUUACAGUACCACCAAAAAGCACCUACCAACUUAUUAUUAUUGAGUGUGGUUAAUUGCAAAAAUUAAUGAAUUCUUAGCAGAAGAGGUAUUUCUUGAAGAGAAAUUGAGUUUGUAAUAGAUGUCUCAGACAGCUGAGCUGUUAAUAGCAAGAGCAGAAACCAUUUCCCUGAUGUAGUUCACUUGGUUUCUCAAUUUUAAACAAAUAGUCCUUGAUCUGAAAUGUUCCUCAUCUGAGACAGAGAGUCCUUACUUGAAAGAACUACUGCUGUUAUGAAUUAAUACUGGAGUUUUAACAAACCUUUGUAUUCAUGCAAUUAGGCACUGAAUUCCAUCAACUUUGUAGAUACAUAUUUCUUAAAAGGUUUAUUUAAAUUAUUAGGUGUUUCUUGACAGGUUUAUUUAAAUUACUAGCUAUUUCUUGAAAGGUUUAUUUAAAUCACAAGGUAUUUCUUAAAAGGGUUAUUUAAAUUAUUAGGUGUAACUUGAAAAGUUCACUGUGUUUCCACAGAGGUCUGGGUUGUUCCACGUGGUCAUAAAUAACUUGGGAAAUGAGAUGAGCAGUGUCCUGUUGAUACAAAGCCAUUCAGGAAAGUAAGGAUUAGGUAAUAAAUUGGAGAAAUAAUUCAAUGGCAAUAAAUCUGCUGUGAUUCAGAGUAGAUAAAUGUAGAGUGGUGCAUAUAAUUUCACAUAUAAAAUGCUGGGCUGACCCUUGACACUGAGGAGUGAAAUAUUGCCACAGAAGUGUCAGUUCCAUAGGGAUCUAAAAGCAGCUGAAAAAUGAAGAAGUAUUAGGAAGGAAAUAGAAGACAAACCAGAGCAUAAUUAUGAUACUGUAUAAAUCAAUGGUUAUCCCACAUCUUCAAUUCUCUGUGGUUCUUUCUUGUCAUUCAUCCCAAAAGAUACAAAAGACUUGGAAAAGCCUCAAAUUGAGGCAAGGGAGAAUAAUCAAAGGUAGGGAAGAGCUGCUGCACAGGGGUCAGGGGAAACAGCUGGAACUCAGCCUGGAGAAGGGAGAAAUGAAAGAAAAUGGUAAAAAUCUGUAGGAUAAUGAUCAGCAGGGGCAGGGUGGGUUAGAAUAGACUUGCUGAUUUCCUCAGCUGCAAGAAUGGAGGAGCUACAAGUGAAAGUAGUAAAAUCCAGGUUUUUUUAGAACAAAAAAAGGAGGUGGCUUUUGUGCAACAAAUAGCAGCCAGUGGGUGUUGUAGGAACAACUCUGAAGUGGGCAAAUGGGACAUCCCCUCAUCUAAGUGAGGAAGCUGGAUGUGUUUGUGAAAAAAGGAAUUAUUUGAGGUUAUUGAUCCAUAGAAAUUGUCUUAGGAGGUGUCUGAGCUUGGAAUCACUGAAGUGUUGGGGUGAGAGUCAUUCCUGUUCUUGUUCUUCUCUGCUUUGUUAAGAUAAAAUUGGAUGCUGAGCUAAAUGGCCACUUGUCUGAUCCAGAGCUGUCCUGAGGUCAGGAGAUCGUGUGGGUAGUAACAAACUUACCAUACAGUUUCAGAGAAGAUUGUAUAAUUAAUAUAAUCACAAUGUCUGGAACUGAUGAUUUUUCGUUGGCAGAUGCUUUACCAGACCAGUCGCCUGCUAAAACCUCCAAAGUGAGCAGCACCAAGCCUGGCCAGCAGCCCGGGCAGCCUCCGCAGGGCUGGCCGGCUUCCAACCCUUGGAAUAACCCCAGCGCCCCCCCUAUGACUCCAACGGGACUGCCACCAAACACUUCGGCUUCCAGCGUGCCCUUCGGACCUCCUCCCACGGGAAUGUAUCCUUCAAUGCCCCCGGGACCGCCUGCUCCAUUUCCUCCUCCUCCUACUGGACCCUCCUGCCCUCCUCCUGGUGGUCCAUAUCCACCCCCAACUGUGCCAGGUCCUGUCCCACCAGGGCAGUAUCCUCCACCAAAUAUGCCCUUUCCAGAGCUUCCACGACCUUACGGAGGUCCAACAGAGCCAGCUGCACCUCCUGCUCCUGUUGGGCCAUGGGGAUCCAUGCCCUCUGGAGCAUGGGGACCAACAAUGGGAGGGCAGUAUCCUGCUCCCAGCAUGCCAUAUCCACCCCCUGGGCCAUAUUCUGCUCCCACCCAGACUCCAGGGGCUGCGCCGACAGUACCGUGGGGUACGGUCCCGCCCGGAACGUGGGGACCGUCACCGCCCGGCCCAUUCCCUCCACCCACAGGAUCAUAUCCAGCUCCAGGACUAUAUCCUACGCCCCCUAAUCCUUUUCAAGUGCCAUCUGGUCCUGCUGGUGCUCCAUCAAUGCCUGGUGGUCCCCAUCCUUACCGCUGAAUACGUUCUGGGCAACAAAAUACUGUAGUUUUCCACCUUCAUCCACUACUUACAGAGAUUUUUACAGUUUUUGUUUCAGUAAUGUAUGGGGCUAUGAAGAAUAUUGCCUCUUGUAUGUGCAUUUGAAGUAUGAAGGAGCAGUUUACAUCAAUUUACCUUGCUCAUAUGCUGGCAUAAUUAUUUGGUUUAAUCAAGUGAAAUACAAAGAGAAGAAAUCAACUAACACACCUGUGGUUCUUAUGUUGGCAAGUAUUCCUUGGAAAAACAGGAGUUGCCAUGUAAGGAUUAUAAAGAAUCAGGCCCACGGAAUUAAAAAAAGUUAAUUCUUAAAUUUCCAUUAAUGCUUUAAGUCUCGUUGCCAGACUCCUGCUGGUCAUUGAACGGAUGGAUAGUCAUAUUUUGUCUAUUUUCAGGUUAUUCUAAAAAGUCAAUAGAGAAAGUGUUUCAACAUUUUAGUCAAGAAACCUAAUUUUUGAACGUGCUACAGUAAUUCAAACUAACAAGACAGAGCAUGUGAACUCGAAGGUUUUCUCAGCAUUUUGUACAUACUCAAACCAAUUGCAAGGUCUGGGACUACGGAGGAGAAGAGCCACGUUUGGAAGCCUUGGUGUGACUUGUCAGCACACUGUUGGUGUUCACAAACAGGCAUUCCUGUGCAAGUGAAAUAACCUGGAUGUGCAGUUAACUUUGAAUCAGCAAAAUGUGAGUUUUAUGCAUGCAAAUGAGGACAUCCUGUUGCCAGUUCUCAUUCUGUGGUGGUUGGAAGUUUGGCUUGGUCUGUGUAAAGAGAAACUGAUCCCCACGUAGGUACUUCCCUAUUUCUGACCUGGGUUCUAGUCAUUUCAAAUUUGACUUGGCUGCUGGGUUGUGUAAACCUGGCAGACUUUUUCAGAGUCCCUGGAAACUGAACUUGAGCUUAAAACCCAACCUGAGCAUUCCCUUCCCAGCAGUUUUUGGCACAGUUGUGUCACAUUGGAGAUCCUCGUUGCCGCGCUUGGGCGCGAGGGGCUCUCGUUUGCUGUCCCUGGGAGCAGCCCCUGUUCCCAGCUGGGUGUCUGCAUACCUCACGGAGUAGGAGGAAUUUGGGAGAAAUUGAAUGUCAGGAAGCCUGUGCACUGCUGUGCAGCUGCCUCUCCCCAGGGGCACUGCCCUAAGCUUUCGUGUUCUUGCCAUGUCUGUGCCAAGCACAUCCGAGGGGUUUGCCGGGACGCGGCCACGUCCCUUGGUGGUACUUCAUGGCCUACACUUGGACCACGGACAGUUUGUUUCCUCCCCAGCUGGGGAUCUCCUGACUUAGCCUCUGUGGGUAGAAUUAGGAACAGAUUUUGCUUCACGUGGUAGCUCAUUAGGGAGUCUUUGUAUCAUGGAACUGUGAACACGAGUUAAUUCUCUUCCAGUACUUUCGUGGCUUCCUGCAUGCCUGUGAUGGACACUCUGAAAGCACAUGGGGUGACCUGGUGGUGAUGCUCCCUGGUAGUCAUAGCCUUUAUGGCAAAGUCCUACAGUAUUUUUGCAGGAGAAAGCAGCCAGCUGAGCUGUGGCUGCUUUAAUCCAACGUCAUGAAAGCUGAUAGCAAAGGAAUGUCUAUUUUUUCUUUUAGGAAGACAAUACUGGAGCUGAACAAAAAUACUUUUAACACUUCAACUUAAACCCCAGCAACCUAACCCUUGGAAUAAGAACCAAAAGUGCAAGUCUUCACUAACCUUAAAAAAACCCCAGUUACCCCCUAAGCAGACUUGGCAAGACUAAUUUAAAAUUAACGUAAGCAACAUUGACUGCAUUUGCUUAAGUGCUUUUUUGAUACCUGCAGCCUUAGACUGUAAAUCAUUGUAAUGAAAACACAUUUAUUCCAAAUGAAUGGAUCAUGCAGUAGCAGCCCUCCAGUUGGAAUUGCACUGGCCAUAUGUCUCUGCAGGGAAUGGGAAGAGGUAGGAAAGGAUAAAGCAAAAGUAGCAAGUAAUGAUUUUUGGAAAGGGGUUUUGUAAAAGUAACUAGACUUCUAGGUUCUUCCUGAAAUAGGCAGGAUUUAUUACUGGAACAUUUAGGCUAAAAUUCAAUAUAUAUGGGAUGUUUUUCAAUGUAUAUUCGUAUUUCUUGAGGUCAUGAAAACUGUUUCAUAACCCCUUUGUUUUUGUGAGCAGAGUUCUUUGCAUAGCAGUGAAAAGGGUAUUCCUGUUAAUCUAUUGUGUAAAAACUCAAGGUGUCACUAUAUACCGUGUAGUAACUUUAUCACAUGUUAUGUCAAGUGUGAGCAACUUCUGGCCUGAAGCUUUUGCAAUGGAAUUUGUACAUUUCUAUGCAUCAUUUUGAGUUCAAUUGCUGAGGAGUUCGUUUUGACUUGUGCUUUGAGGUUGACAUACUGCAUUUGUUUACAAUACGAAAUAUAAGCAAUCACAUCUUUAAAGUAUAGAUUAUCACCUGCUGCUGUAUUUUCUUUAGAUGAAACAAAUAUUGCUGUAUGAUAGUGAGAAGCUAUAAAUACAGGAUUUGAUAUUUUUUUGAAAAUGCUGUCACUUUUGUAUAAGAUUAGACAUUAAACGUAUUUUCAAGACUGUUGUGUUCACUGUUUUUCAAUUCCUGCUUUUGACAUGCCUGUGUAGACUUUUGCCUUGAAUGAAUAGUAAAAAUAGGACAUCCUUGAUUUGCAAA